ACCACUGGAACAGCUGCAGGCAGUUCAUAUUUCUUGUAACCUUGUCUUAAGGUUUAACACAGUUGCAGGCACAUUGGGUGCAGCUGUGUCUGGACCACCAUUCUGCGUAUGUAGCAUAAUGGGCAACUUGGUUGCAACUACAACGGUAAUCGAACUUACUCGUGGCAAGUUCGACUUGGCUGGUAGCAGCUCGUGCUACUUCUAAGCGUGCAUGUCUGUCAUUGGUGUUAGGCACAAGAUCUACACAAGCGCCUUUUAUGAAGUAUGAUCUUGCCAAGUGCAUUGUGUAUAUGGGCGAAAAGGUUCUCUUCUCCAUUAUGAAAAAAUGGGCUACCAAUGUGUUCUCACAUUUCUGGAGACAGUUUUAACACUAAAUACACAGCUGGAGAUGUGCGAAUAUCGCAAAAGACUAAUUGUGCUUGGUGAGGCCACAUCUUCAGUUUUGCUUGCAAGACAUCGGCCUUUUCUGUCCACUGUGGCAUGCAUUUGCAUUUUGGUACUUGAACUUAUUCCUUGGAACUUUUUAUUCCUUUCAUUACCUGCUCACAGAAUCUGGCUCAAAUCUUACGUGUGCAGAGGGCAAGAUUUUCCAGACCAGAUGGGUUUCAAUAAUAUUUGGCGAAUGAGAUAAACCACACAUGUAAUAAUUUAGAGUGUCUGGAUAUAAUGUAAAACUUUCUGGAUUAAGAAGAAUGGUACACAUCUUAAGUAAAUAACUUGGGACUGAAGGGUUACACUAGUUUACGCUAGGUAUCUGUAUUCCUAAUGAUUGCCAUAUUUAAUUGAGCCAUGGUUUGAUCUCACUGUGGCGAUAUAUUUAGCUGAAAGAAACCAGGUGUUCAAAGUAGCGUAUGCAAGUAACGCUCAUGUUCCACAAGUAUUUCACCUUGCUGAACGAAUGUGCGAUAGUCAAGUCGCUUUUUUUUUUUUUCUCUCGUUUGUUUCUUUUUUUCGCGUGUUAUAUCCGAUAAACGAGAUGAGCUAUGCGUUAUGCGCAUCUGGUCUACCCAAAAUCCACCGGCGGAGGCUGGGGGAUAACGGCUAACUCGCGCUUGCCCCGCGUUGGUAGCGUUGGCGCCCGCGUCGCGUUUGGGGAAGUGCGCCGGACGGCGCAUGCGCAGGCGGCCCUCCGGGUGAACGCCUCCCUUCGCGUCGUUUCGUGGUGGUGUUCCGCUCCCGCUUGCUUGCGUUUCGCCGUAAUCCCAGUGCUCGCUGCGCUGUGGCUCGGAAUUACUCCGCCAUGCCGUACACCAUGGACGUCGCCACUCAGGUGCACCUGAACGAGCCUUCUCCCGUGGAGUGUCGAGAUGUGGAGGUUUAUUUUUUAGUGAUUCCUUAGAGGGCGCGGCUUCUGUGCGAGCGCCCUCUGAACCACGCACCCCGUCACCGGCGCCUGCGAGUCUCCGCGAACAGCAGAGGCAGCGGCCCGGCGGGACCGCGACCCCGGGCUCGGUGGUAGCGGGGCCCGAGGAGCAGGCCACAGCGGCGCCCCCUCAGGCCGCCGCUGUGGUUGACCACAGCAGGCCGGCUAUGGCACCACCAGCGACUGAUGCACGGGAGCCUGAGAAGGUUCCGCUGCGCACAGUCUCGGCGACGGCCGAUGGUCCAGAGGACGGCGCUGCGACUAAGGCCGAUGGCGCCCCGUCCUCCGACCAGCAGCAAGCGCAGCAGGAGCAGAGGGGCGCUUUCAGCCUGUGGCUGGCAAAGCCGCGGGUCAUGUGGUGGAUCGCCGUGCUGGUUGCCAUCCUGCUCGUGGCGGUCGUGCUUAUCGCCACCCUGCUCUCCACCGGAAGGGAGAUCGACGACACGGUAUGGACGGACGAUGCCUCCCUGCUGACAGUCUGGCCACGGCCCAAGGGGAAGCACCGAAUGAUCCGGUUCCGUCACGGAAGCCUGCCGCACGAAGGUCGCGAAUGGCCCGAGCUGACUGUGCAGCUCAAGGGUCUCGUGUCGGCCUACGACCCCGUGCGCGCGGGGCGCAACUCCAACGUAACCGAGUGCUUCGGCCGGCGGCCGGAACACGGCAAGGUGUGCCUCUUCGACAUCCGCGCCGUAGCUCCCGAAUGCACGGCGGCGCUCGACUUCGGCUACAAGGAAGGCAGUCCCUGCGUGUUCCUCCAGUUCUCCAACGUUCUAGGCUGGCAGCCUGCACCCAUCGCGAAGCACGAGGCGGCACAGCUGCUGCCGGCGCCUCUGCUGCCACUGCUCAAGCCGGACCUCGUGCUGCUGCAGUGCGAGGGCGACACCGUGGUGGACCGCGAGAACCUGGGCGGCGUGGUGUACACGCCGUACCAGGGAUUUCGCACCGAGUACUUCCCGUACACGGGACACAAGGACUACAUGGCGCCCCUGGUGGCCGUCCAGUUUAGGAAACCCUCGACGGCCAUAGUGAUCGGCGUCCGCUGCCGCCUCUGGGUACGAAACCCGCCGCCGGCGAAUGCCUCGGCCGAGCUCUUCUUCAACCUGCUCGUCGACUGAGGCCUUCUGAUCGGCGUCUGCGCUGCCGGCUGCGACCGCACGGGGGCGCCCUCCUGACCCACCGUCUCUGUCAUCAAGUGCGCAGACGUAGCGCUACUGGCCGCUGAAAAAGGAGCAAGGACCGAAUGUCCUGAGCCAACCCGUGGUCCGAGUUAAGAAAAACGGUGGUCGGUUCGCGUGGAUGAUUGGGGGGAGCUUCAGCUGAGCGUUGCCGCACUUUACGUUGAGCGUUGCCCUGACAUUCUGAUAGUUUACUUGACUGUUCUGCUCUGACGCCUGACGGUAAGAGACCAAACAUUGGUGGGCUUGAGGUUGUGUUAGAUUUUUUCUCUAUCUCUCUGCAUGUAUACCACAAGAACGAGAGAGAGAGUGGUAACGUUUAUAGUUUUCAGCUCAGUAGCAGCAAAUCUACGUUAAGUGUGGCAACACUCAUUGCUUUGUGGUCAUCGUUGCGGAGAUUGACAUCUUUUUCCGUGGCAUUGUACCGCGGCCAGAUGGCGCGUUACUGUUGUCAUUGAACGUUACUGAUACAGCGCCAACGAUAAGCCACCAAGUGUCUGAGCACUGUGUAUGCCUGCAGCAGGUUGCGUUUUCGUCUUUGGCAGGGCUAACAACAUGAGCGGCACUGCGAAUGCGCACUUUUGCCGACCACGUAGAGCACGUUUAUCAGGAAGAGUGCCGGAAACGGAAACGCAGUCUGUUGCAACUUUUGGCGCCGUCGAUGGAGAGUUGACGGGGAGUGUUGUGGAGCAAAGGCAGAUGGACCACCACUGCCACUGCUGCCGUUUUCACAUCAUGGUGCACGCUCUGCUGAUGUAGAGUACUGGCGAUCUACACGGACGUCAACCCCAAAGUUAGUACUUGCUUUCGUGAAGAUACGAUGUACGUCUGCAAUAGGGGGGCGAUCUGUUGGGUUACAAAGUCUCACGCGAGUUAGUUGGGAAGCAGAGCUUAUGUGAUCGCGGUGUCAAGGAAUGGAAUGUAUUGCGUAGUUGCAACUUGGAAAUCAUCUAUUUGUGCUCUGCUUUUAUUUUUUAUUUCGAAAAUCUCGGUGAAGGAAAGAAUUUGAAAUGGUGAAAGGCUGACGUUGAACGCCGCUCAGAGAGAACCCAUUGAACUUGAUCAUUGCUCCAUUAGAUGGCUGAUUUUCCGUGAAAUGUACCCGAAACUUCUCACGAUUAGUUAUAUUGUUUUGCUGAUAUUAGAUUUGAUUCUAUCCUUGAGGUGAGCCAGUCGGUCGCCUGAGAAAGGUGUUCGAAGCAUUGGUCGGUGGCGGAGCGUGCAAUAGAAUCAGAUGAAAGAUUGGUGAGCAGGCAGAGACUUUCGCUCAAAGUGCGUUAUUAGGAGGCGGGCGUGAACGGCUUAGUUUCGAUGUGGGUCAUUGUUACGAGGUUAUGGUCUGGCGAGUCGAAGCCGCUGUUUGUUCUGUAGGGCUGAAGACUGAAGCCUUAGACUUUUUCGGAGAGUCGCUCUCAAGUACUUCAUAUGCCACACUGCCAUUAUGUUGAAGCCCCCACAAUUAAAGGGUAGUUUCGACGUCGUAAGGGUUUGCAAGAGAUGGAAUGCGCAAUGAUCACAUAUGGCUAAUGUUUAGCGGUUUUCAAGAAGCCCAAAGGCAGGUUUUCAAUUAACGGAGUGGUGAAGAGAUUUGCUUGAAUCUUCUUUAAUUGUAAUUUUUCCUCUGAUUGUCACAUGUGCUAAGAAGCAAAUGCGGCUAGUUUUUUUCCUGACAAUGUUUUCUUCUUCUUCUUCUUCUUUUUUUUUUUUUUUUUUUUGAGCAUACGAACAUUUGGAAGAGAUGGUAACCGUGCGAUGUCCUAAAAAUGAUGAAUUUCUGUUUUGUUCAAAUAUAAGGCGGAUAGUUGCAAAUACUAUCAAGCAUUCUUGUCUAAUGCGAAAAAAAAAAAAGCUUCAAAAAAAAAAAUCACGUUCAUUUCGCUGGCUUCACAGCCGUUCAUCUUCGGGUCCGCUGUCAUUUUUGCUUAUAUUUGUGUAGUCCUAACGGUUUAUCGAACUCCACGAGCUACAGCCAUGUGGCAGCGGAAGUAACAACAUCGGCUGAAGGGUAUCCGUCAGGCAUAUAAGCCCUUCGGUGAAAGCAAAGAACCAAAGAGUGACGCACGUGUCGGUGUUCUUUUGUGCGCUCAUUUAUUGUUACGCGCGUUCAUACGCUCAUCGACGCAUGCGUUACCCGCAGGUAUAUUGUGCACAAAUGAAGCGGGGAGGGAAGGGCGGGAAGGUGAGGGGUUGUUCUCUUUAGUCGUAUAAUAGGUGAGCAAUUUAAUUUCCCACCUGUUUCGCGCCACUUCUUUAUACUCAUUGCGGGAUACAAGUCGAGUCCUUUUUUCAAAUCGCGGGCCAUGUAUUUAUACGGUAUUUUCUUCCUUGACUGCGCCAAGUUAACAGCGAACCUUCAAAAGGUUACUUGUGUUUUCAGUGCUGUCAGAGAAGUCCUUCUUUGAAGCGGCUACCCUGUCAAGUAAAGCAAGUCUGUUGUCCUUGUAAGUUUAAAGACGCCCUGAAACAUCCUUCGUCGAAAGUGCGGCUCCUUUACGUGUGAAACUUUCGUUCAGAUGUAGUCAUUGCAAGGGGACUGUACGGGCAAGGGGACCAAUGCACUCACCUGCCAGAGGAUGAGACAUGGGACUGACUGGGGGCUUUAAUGUCAUGCUAGUGCCAGAUAAUGAGACCGCGGGGACUGGGAACGGUAAUGUCGCGCUAGUAGUCUCAGAGAACGAUACUAUCGAAGGAGGAGCAGCGACAGAUUGCGCAUUCAUAUUUUGGUUACUGCGUGUUUCACAAUGGAAAGAUCAAUCCACUGUUGACACCGCGGCUCGAUACCUCCAGUACUUGUCCCAUUUGUGAGGCGCUGUGCUGAUUGUUUUAUUUAUACACAAACACAUACAAACAUGGGAUCAAAGGGUAUCGACCUUGGAGAGCUGCUUCGCAGGACUUUUGGUGCCCGGACUAUGUCGUGGCCAGAGGAGAAAGUGUGUAAAGAAAAAAAAAAAAGUGUUGGACGCAGUCGCAGGAGGAUGAGUCUGAAAACGACGGCGGAAUUUCGAGCCAGCUUUACGUUUUUUUUUUUCGUGUUUUUUUUCCCAGAUAAUGGUUUUCGAUGUGUAGCUUCAUUGUUUUUUUGCACACUGAUACCGGAUAUUGGAAGCUAUGAUCUUUAUUUGCACAAAAGUAAGCGUCCUAGCACGAGAAAAUUGUCGAAGCAUCGCGAAGGGUUUCAGGAGUACAUGUAGGAAAGGGCCGACAAGAGUGUUUCGGGGCAACUUUAAGCCUAUUGAGGACAACAAUUGGCGUUCGUAAAAACUGUCAACUAUUUAAUAUUAGCAAUAUAAUUACCACGUUUUCUUAACAGAUAUGAUAAAAAGGUUUACGAGACAUGGGAUAUCGUUCGCUUUGAUUUUCCCUAGUGAGCGCCACCGUGCGCAACCACGCUUAUCAAAAUGUGAUGCUGAACUUGCGUUCUGACUUCAUUAAAUGACCUGGCGCCAAACGAGGGAGAAAACCAGUAUACAAAUAUAUGUAAAUCUAUGUAGCGCCGUUUUGUAGCCUUAGGUGCCGCACAAAGGAAAAAAAAAUAACGUAUUCAGAUAUUUUUAGUGCCAGUUGAAGUAUAUAGUAGCGGUAGUUCCCGUUUAAGGAUGGAGGCGUGAAGAAAGAAAUAAACAAAAGGCACUUGAACAAAAGCAUAUUUCUGAUAAAAGCACGUCGAGUGGAUCUAUAUUUUUUGCGCUUGUAUAAAUAAGAGGAAAUUGUCAGGGGAAGAUGACAGGAACGAGAAUCAGCCGUUGCCGGGUUCUUCACUCACUUUCGAGGACACUGUAUACACACCGACGAGCAAGGCGUCGGGCAUAGCGCGCGACCUCACUCACCGAGACGCUCAUUCAUUCUGCGCUCACUGUUCUCUACGUGUAGCUGUAUUUGCGCGUGUGUGGUUGUAUAUAUACUAUAUGUAUACGAUGUGGGUCGUUCGUCUUCGGACUCGCGUGCUUCUCACUAUGGAGUUGUGGCUAAAUGCGCUUCGCUAGUUUCCGUGCGGCUUUCUUUCUUUUCUUUCGUGGCCUCCAGCAGACCAAGGAGUCGCACCCUUGCACGGGCACGAAGCUGUUGUUUGAGGCACGUGCACCUAUAUAGAGGGCGGCGCAGCGGAAUGUGUUUGCUUGUGGGUAAAGUUUGCGCGUUUACACAUGCAUUGCCUCGGCGCGCUGUUAUCGCAAACGAAUCCUGUCUUGCUCAGUAUCCAUCACCUUAUCUUUGCGAGUCGGGGAUGCGAAAGAAGGGCCAUCUCCUCGCUUUUAUCAUUUUUCUCUCUUGAGUUGCGUCCGUAUGCGUGUGUGUGUGUGCGUGUGUGCGUUUGCCAACGCAUUGAGUUAGCACUGGAACGAAAACGCCUCCUUGUUUUUGUUUCGAGACACAUCGGGUACGUUUCUUUGACCCCAGAGUUCGUAUGCGCGGCUGAUUCGACUGCUGAACCGGCUGGUUACCGAAGCGAGAUCUCGGCAGUAAGGAUUUGUAGUGAGGGUGCCUCGUCGUGGCUUAUGCGAAGGUGUGGUGUCGCCGUGAAGUCUUAUCCUCAGAAUAGCUCAGUGAUCGACUGCAUUGUUUUACUGGUCAUAACGUUCCAAAAACUACACUUGGGCAAUGGGAGACGCCGUAUGCAAUCGAAGACACCGAAUCGAUUUCGAUCACGUGGUACGUGUUUUAACGUAAGUUUGUAUCGAAAUGCAUGGCCGCUUUUUAUUUUUCUUAGUUCUUUUAUUUCGUCAGCAUUGGAGAGACGGCCAUGACGGUCAUAGACCAUCAUACGCGCACUGUCGGGGCACCACAAAUUUCAACACGAUUCCCCGUACUCUUGGCCAGCUAGCUGCCUGAGUCCACUGGACGUUCAAGUAUAUAGCUAAGCGCUCCAUGCGCUUUAUUUUGGCAGUGCGGUCAUUAUUGUUGUUCAGCCGAACUGCUUGCAGCUGCUCCGCAAGCAUCCAAAAGAGGCUUGCAUGCCAUGACAUCAAACGACUACAAAGUUUCGGACAAUAGGCACCUUUCAAAAUAAAUGUCUGUAUUUUUUUUUAAGGGAGUGUUGGAGGAUGACCACUGCGGUCGACUCUGCUGUGCAGUCAAUGCUGGAGACAGGAUCUCGUACGUUAUCUGGCACUGUUAGGCACUCGGUGUUUUUGCGGAUCGCGCAUCAUGUGUCGAGUGCGGCUGCGUCAUUUUGAAAGGAGCAGUGUAACGAGACGCGGUCUUGUGGGCUGCACCUGCCAAACAUGUAAACCUUGGCUGUCGGCAACGGCAAUGUCAAUACACCGAGCCUCGAUUUCCAAGUUCGAGCCGCGAAUGAAACGCAGGAAUUCGAACGCGUGACUUCUCGGAUACGGACUGCACUGUGACAAAGCACGCAGGAUUCGGGAAGAAUAAAAAAAAUAUGCACGUGCACUUUCGCACCUUAGAUUUCUUAGCACGGUUAUUGAAGUUGCCAAAGACCACCUCAUCGAACCACUGCGUUUCAUCCGUUGCCAAUAAACAUGCGUGUCACGGGGAGAGGAACCACCAAAAUGGCCAAUGUUACAACACUGAUUGCGGUUCGUAUUAGAUAAGUAUGUGUGCAGACCAGCAAUCUUUCCGUAAUGGCGCGUCAACGUCGGUCACUGUUCUUCAAGAAGAUGGCUGGAACGUGAAAGCUAUUCUUAACCGACAAAGAUUGAACGGUUUCCUCUACGUGUGACACGCUAUGUACGCUUACAUGCGCGGCGAGUUUUAUUCCUUGUCGUACGUUGUUACGUGACGACAUCAUUCACUUGUGCGGAUGAGUGUGUUAUUCACUAUGUCCUCGCCCUGCUCUCCCACCUUCCCGACUCUCCGCCCUUCUCUGUACAAUACAUGUGUUCAGCGAGGACCGGGCCUCUGCACAUCGAGGAGCCGUGUCUUCUCUCGGGAUUACCCAAAUGUCCACUGUCUCAGCCUGAGGAAUAAAUCUAUCUUAUCUCGUUCCUUUUUCUGGCGCAAGAAAUUCGCAAGGCACUGAAACCCUUUCACGUCGAAGUUUGAUUCACUGCAUAUGGGCGGGCUGCGAGAACGUGAGAUAUUUUGCCCUCGGUAAGUUUCGUCGCCACCGUUAUUUAAGCCCGCUUCAGGACAACGACCUCUCCCAGUGGUCUCCAGCAGUUACAUAUGUAUUGCGUUAGCUUACUUUAUCAUGUAGGCCUGCAAAAUUCCUAAUUUCAUCACAGCACCUCCACACACUAGGCAUUUCAGCACCCUUGUCGGCGUCUAAAUGGUGCUUGGUUUGUUCCACGGCUAACACCUUCACCCUUAAGGGUAAUAUCUAAUCGUUUUUUGGUGACAUUUUUUUGUCACGAGUAAAUGUGCUGAUAUAGUAGCGACAGAUGACACGAAGCCGCAUGAAAUAAACUGUAAUUGUUGUCGCUGCUAAACUCUCGGGUCAGAUAUAUUUCGGCGCGCAUCAGGUGAUCAAGAUAAAAACACUGUUUUCAACUACAGCUUCGGUCAUCACAGGUGUAGUUAAAGGUAGGUGUCAUGUCAAAUACUCUUUUUUUUUCAGCCUUAAGGGUGUAUCAGAGUUUUAGCCGUGGAACAAACCCUUAAAGGUGUAAAAAGUUUUAUAGUGCAAUGCUCUUUCGUCCUCUACUGCGUUUCCCUUUCCUUGGCGCUCAUUCUGAAGCUCUGAUAAGCCAGUGGUUGUCUGUCCUACGCGUUACAUGGUCUGCCUAAAUCGAUUUCUUUCUCUUAAUCUCAAUUCCAGAAUAUCGGCUACGCCCUUUUGCUUCAGUUUAGUUCUGUCAAACACUAACAUCAAGCGCGCACGACUUUGGAAGGACUCACCAGCACAGGCCCUUCAUCACACGCUUCUUGGCGCUAAAGUGACGUCACAAAGAAGGCCUGCCGUUCCCUAGUUAGACG